CUUUCUUUCUUUCUUUCUUUAUUCCUUUCUUUCGUCCUUUAUUCCUUUCUUUCUUCCUUCCUUUCUUUCUUCCUUCCUUUCUUCCUUUCUUUCUUUUUAAUCAUGAGAUUAUGCAUGUAUAGUUCACUGAUGGAAACAAGUCUGUGCGAGGGAAAAGUCUGAAGGAUGGAAUGCUUACAUAUAAUUCUGUAAUUCUUCUGUGCGAAGGAGAGAAAGGAUGAGUAAGGGAUGAGAUUGAUAGCCUCCGAUGAGACGUUCGCGCGGCCGCACAGUAGACAAGGGAGCGAAGGUUUCAAGCAAGACCAGCUGCCCUGUCUACCGAGCGACAUCACGUUCGAGAUCUGCACGUCGUCGUCCUCGUCGUCGCCGCCACCUCCGCCCCCGCCGCCACCCUCGUCCGCGCCUUCAACGACGACGGCGACGAGGAGCGGCGAGGAAACGGCGUUCACCGAGGGGAACACGGACGCUACGUACAUCAAGUCGGAGAGAGUGGUGAGCGGUAUGCACUUCCUCACCGAUCGGGAGGAGGAAAGGGGCGAUCUGUUGUUGCCCAAGUCGGAGUCAGGGGAGGCCGAGCCGGAGGUCAGGAAACAGCUGCUGGAAUACCUCAUUCAAAACGACGGUUCCGUAGUCUGCAAGUGGUGCGGCGAGGUGCUACCGUCUCGAACCCGUUGGUACAGGCACAAGUACAAACUCCACGUCUCCACCCAGGUCACCCAGCCGGCGCCACUGUUCAAGUGCCACAGCUGUAACGCUUACUUCAAGUCCCGUAAAGGUUACAUUGGUCAUCUAAGCUCUCGCCAUUCCGACAACGAAAACGACGAGAACAGGGAAGAGCCGGCCAACAAGAAGGCUCGGAAGACCUCUGACAUCGGGAAGGGGCCAGACUGGGAGCAGCAAAGGGAGAAGGAGGAGAAGUUGGUGGCGGACAUAAUCGAUCGGGUGAAAAGGGAGUGCGAGGCUCAGGGUGAAACGGUGACGAGACGAGGCUACUCCAGGCGAUCCACCGUGAUGAACAGCUAAGGAAUGGAUAAAGUGACGUAUAAAUGGGAAAUAUUGUGCCAUAUCAUCGUCGUACGAUGUCCUCCUCGUGACACGGGUCGAAGAACCUACCCCCUGCCGACGCUCGUCCCACACACACACACACACACACACACAUAACUCCUCUCCCCCCACUCCCGCGUAUUUUAGCCGGAUACGAGAAUAACCCUAUUACUACGAAGCGAAUGAGAAUACUUUUAGGGACAAAUGUUUAAAGAUCAAAUUAGGAUUAGUUUGGACACGUGUUUACGGCGUUCUAUGCUCAAUUGUUAUCGUCGAAAUGAUAUCGAUCUUGUCUGCGACGAUUCGAUCGUGAUCGCACGUCGAUUCGCACGAGGGAUCAUUGAAGUAAUAUUCUCUUAUCUAAUAUAUAUAAAUAUAUAUAUAUAAAUAUAUAAUAUAAUAUAUAUAAAUAUAUAUAUAUAUAUAAUAUAAAUAUCUUUUUUUAAAGAUGUUCAAUUUCCAUGCAUUGAAAAAAAUUGAUAAAUUAAUCAAAUUCAAAAUCAGGAUCGUAAAAUUAUUGAGCAACGGAAUCUUUUUCCAAUCACGAGAACGUUACUCGUAAGUCAGUUAUCCCUCGUUAUUUGUCGAUAUUUCCAAGUCGUCGACGUUCGUCACGAGGUCAUCGUACGAUCGAUUCAACUUUUUUUGCCGCUAUAUAUGUGUAUAUAGAGAUGGGCCAUUUAACGUAAAUUCAAUUAUUUUCGUUAUUACUCGACAACAAUUUUUUUCUUCCCUCCCUCCCCCCUCCCCGUCAUUAUACGACAAAACAAUUACACGACGUGUAAUAACGUUACAUGGUCCAUCCUAUGUACGUGCAGCGUAAGAUGGCGAAUAUAUAUCUCGACGUAUUAAAGAGGCGAGCGUCGGUAGGAUGACGAUGGAUGGUUUUCGAUCGCCGAAACGAGGAUUACAAACGUGUCUAGUCAUAAUGCACGCGCGGCCGCGUAUAUAUAUUUUUUUCGUAUAUCUCAAACGACCGCGCGUUGGUACAUUACGAUACAACAAAAAAGAAAAAAAAAAGAAAAAGAAAAAAAAAAAAUGUAUUUGCCAGUUCGUACGCGUGAUUCGAAAAUGUAUUGAACACGGGGCCUGGUAAUCGCGUCCAAUGGCUGCAGCUCGAGAGAAAAAUGAACGUAAGUAACGUAUACACGUUUCUCUCCUCGUUAAAAUUCUCGAUCGUUGGUCGAUAUCGUUCCUUUUGAUCUCGAUAAGUUUCGCGGAUCUUCUAAUCGCAGCGAUACGCGAACGUAAACGCGAAAGUAUAGCCGAUAUGUAGCGAGAAAAAGCGGUAUUUUGUCGCGUCUCUUGUCGCCGCGAUGGCGUAGCUGUCGCCUCGUUUCACCAUGGCUCGGUAAUGUCGGUACGUUAGAGUGGUCACGUGUGUUCGAAAUAUUUUGUUUUUGUUGAAAUUCCGGAUUUUAUUAAGACACGACGUUUAUUCGCGAGAAAAUUCUUAAUCCUGUUAAUCUUUCUAUCGUUGCAAAUGAUAUAUUUGAACGAUAAGCAUUCAUCCUUAUAAUAAUCACAUCAAUGUGUCAUCGAUAUAUUUGAACGACAAAAAUAUGAUUUCUCGUAAAAAAAAAAAUAAAUCGACAUUACUGAUCCAAGGUCGAAACGAUCGUACUUUAUUAUUAACGCGAGAUGAAUUGCGAUUCGAGCCUGAGAAGCUCAAUUGACGGGAAUCCAGUGCCAAAUAUAUAUCUUCCCAGGCGUACGAUAUCUCGUUGCGUAUAUGCGAAAUGUUCACUACGAUACGCGAUGAGAGCGAUCGUUUGCUCAAAAGUGCAACCGUACUACUAAUUUCCUUCGAUUUUGUUCCAUUACUUUUUCAUUUUAUUACAUUCGACGUGUGCAGGUGUUGCGUGUUAUAUCGUGAUCCGCGUAGCCAAAUAUGCUCCUUUUUGGAAACAUCGUACAGCGAUGGGACGCGUGAACGUCACGCGUGAAAUUCAUAGAAAUUAUAUCGGUAUACGGGUAUUGAUACGUGUAAGUCGCGUGAAUGACGUUCACGAAGCUUUCCAUUCGAAAAAAAUAAAGUUAAAUUUCAAAGGAGAAAUAUAACUUCAGCCGAGUUUUAUAACGUGUUCGACACGAAAUUUUAUUACGUAUAAUUUAAAAUUAUUCCGACAUAAUUUUACGAUGCUUUAAAAGUUAUUAGAAAUUUACAAAUCGUAUUUUUAGAAAAUAUGAUUUAUCUCUUUACAAAAACUACCAAGUAGCUCUUAUUUUUUAAGGCAUUUCUUCAUCGAUUUUCAAAAUCGAACAAAUAUCGAAUAAUACACAAUGUACACAAAUUUUUAACGUGAAAGUUUUUUAUUCGUUUUAAGAAAAUCUAACGUUUCGAAUAUAAUCUCUUAAGAGCGUAAUUUUCAAGAGUGGCCUAGUUACUGCUGCCACCAUAAAAUUUUAUUAUAUGCGUGGAGAGCGUCAUACGUGACGAUAAAAAUUUCUUUAUUGCAUUAUAGCUACAAGAUUCGGAGGAUGCUAUUAAUUCUUUGGAUCGUGUGAUUUUAAUAAAAUAAUAAAAAAUCUUUAGACGAGUACAAAGAUUAAUAAAUUUCUUAUACUAUGCUAAAGGGAUUUUAAAUCUUCAAUAAGCUUAUUUCAACAUCUUUAUAUUCGUCUAGAGAAUUUUUGUUAUAUAUAAUAUGUGUAUAUAUAUAUAUACAUUUCUCUUACACACAAAGAAAUUACAUUUGUUAAUCAAAAAAAAAAGAUUUUUGUCGCCAUACGAAUCGUGCUAAUUAAAUUUUUCUCUAGCCUCUAAUACAUUAUAUAAAUAUUGGGUGGCAAUAGUUGCCAGGUCAUUUUAUAUUUAUCGAUAUGAUCUUUUUAUCUUGACAACAGCAAUUACAUAAAUUAAAAUUUUAUCUAAAGUGUAUAUCAAGUAAUAUAUAUUUACAAUUAAAAAAUUUUAUUUAUUAUCCAUUUUAAAUAUAUCGCCUAAAAUUUAAAAAAUUAUGCCAACGUGAGCAUAAAUAAGCCUAACAUUGGCUUAAAAUUUAAUUAUAACGUCUAGUAAUAAAAUAAAACUUGGAUCUAUUUGAAGAAUCAUGAAAAUUGUAAAUAGAAAUAUUUUAUGAAUAUAUUCCUGCAUGUAAUUCGUUUUUGAUCGUGUACAAAAUUACGCGAUUCGAUAUACACGCACCUGACAUACUCGGACAAGUUAGUUGGGCACGAAUAGUGUCGCUAGAAGGACGGUAGAUAGAUCGAUAAAUAGAUGAAAAUAUAUCUAUACGUGCGCGAAGUACGAAUAAAUAUAAUAUAAUGCGCGCUGGCGAUAAUUUACGCGAGAGCAUUAUAUAUAUUAAUCUUGCUGAAUAUUCCAAGAAAGUCUGUCCAUUUUUUCGAAUGUCUCGAAAGUAUUUUAAUCUCUAUUUACUUGUUGCGUGUCAUACGACGCAACGGCAGAAGAAUGAAUUGCAUUUCACUCAAAGUUUUAAACACAUAAUUACAAUUAGUAGAGUAGAUCGUGCGUGGACACUGUUAUACAGGUAUGACGCGUACGUAAACUGACUAGUGAUUAAGUUCGGUGCUAAUCAAGAAAGAUGUAUAAAUUGUACACAUCGUUUUAUUACAAAUAACGAUUGCAUCAAUUAUGUUUUUUUUUCGAAACAAGCGAAUAGGUUUAACUCUUUGAAGGAAUUCGAAUCGAAAUCUAACCUAAUUAAAAAUCGAAAAAACCUUUCAUCAAAUUAACCAUGUCAUCUAGAUAUUAUAUUUUACCUCUAAUUUUUUAAUAGACAAAUAUCUUGAUGAAAAUAUACUCAAGCAUCGCUCGAACGACACGUGAUGAACAAAACGCAUGCUUCACGUGUAUAACCUAACCUCCAAAGAGCUAAGCACAAUUCACAAUUCAAGAGGCAACUCUCUUCUGACAUUGCGCGAAUGGAUUUUGCACGUAAUUAUGUACAGGCGCGUAUUUGCCAGCAAACCUCUGUACGUAUACCAUAAUUUUAAUCCUAUAUGUGUGCAUAACAACAUUUGCGUGCACACUUUGAUGAUUGUAUACGGACAGAGGACAUUAAUCGACUUCUGUCGAGGUAAAAACACGAGCCACUUUUCGUCUUCCUUUUCUUCCAAAUACAUCAUCAAAUGUGUUUAUUUUAAUAAAAUUACCCAAUCGACUGAUCUAACGAAUUCUUAUGAUUUAUUACGAGUAUUUAAUUAAUUAAUAAACUUUAACGAUUUAAUGGAUCUAGAUAAUACACAAGAUGUAAGAAUUAAUAUAAAUUUACGAAUACUCGAGAAGAAAGACUUAAAAGUGUUAAAACAAUAAUAAUAAUGAUUUCACGUUUCUGGGACGUUUUAAGAUAAACCGCGCGCAGGUCGUGCCAUAAUUUAUAAACAUUUCUCUCGGAAUUCUUAAUGCGCCCCACUAGCAGUGAGAAGUGCAAAUAAAUCAUUCAGAGGAAAAAGUGAAACUCAUAGAUGUCUCACGGUACACUUUGCGAAGCAUACAUCUCGUGUUUUGUGCCAAUCCAUGUUUCAAACCGCCCAAAUAAUAUUUAAAUCUUCCUUCCUACAAACAAUUGUUCUUUUUCAAAACGAAAAUGAAAAAUAAUAGGUCCAACGAACGUAUACGAUCCAUUUGAAAAUUAAUCAUUGAUAAAUAAAAUUUGAAAGGAUAUAGCGUUUAAUAUAUACUAUGUAAUAUAUAUGUAUAUGAUAAUAUUGCAUAAAUCAGUUUUGUGCCCUAAAUUAUUUUACUUAUCUUGUCUACCCUUGCUAUAAAAAUUUCAAAUCUAUCAUUAUCAGUCGUCUUCCUUGUUAUUAUGUUACGUAAUAAAUUAUGACGUUAAUACAAAUGUAUACAUAUUAUGGUACAUAGAUAUUUGUACAAAUGAUUUGUAGUUUAUUUCCUCGAGCAGAGUGUAUAUGGUGUAUAACUAAAGUGACCUUUUUCUUCUUGAUACGAUACGAGUUAGAAAAAGGAAUUGUUGAUUUCAAUCAGAAGAAUGAACGAGACAAGUAAAACGGGCAAAGUUCAUUCGAUCGUGCUAUCAGAUCAUAAGAUCAUUUUUCUUUAAUGACAGACUUUUUUUGUUUUAUGAUGGGUAGAAUGAUAUUAAAUACCGUUGAAAUUACGAGAAGACGAAAGAGUGGCUCCCUCGAUAUAUUUCAAUCUUCCGUAUUGAAUCUUAAGUGUUACUAAUCGUAAGAUCGUAAGGCUGACCUCCUACGUCUAAUAUGACGAUUCAAGUUGAGAGUAUUCCGAGGAGAUAAAUUAUUUAUUUGUUUACGAUAAUGAGGCCGUUUGUGAAUCGUAUUUCGGGCAACUCGCAUACACUUGGAAAACUACCAUUAUAUAUUAUGGAGAUAAUGAUGACCGCCCGAAGGUGCGACCCCGUCUAAAAGUGCACGAAAUUCACGAGCACGUAUGUACUAUAUAAUUAAAACAAAAGAUAUAACAAAACCAUAGUACUUACGACAACGCUAAUCAUCUGCGAUGAAUAAACAUUACAACUAAUGAUGAAUGAAAUGGAACGUAUUGUGCAUUAUAUGUCGGGAAAAAAAUAAAAUCAAAAUGAAUCGAUUGA